GUUGGUAGGAGCACCGAAAUCGAAACAUCAACACCAUGACAAUGUGACCGGUGUGGUUUACACCUGUGAACUAAGCGAGGCAUCACAGCGUUGUCAGCCCAUACAGUUUGACGGUGAAGAGUUCCUGAAUAGCAAAGGCAUAAAUGGGCAAUGGAUGGGAGUGAGAGUAACAAGUCAAGGACCGGGAAAGAAUGUAAUGAUGUGCGCUCAUCGGUACAGACAGUGGAUGCCAGGGCAGUACGUCCCUCACCUGCUGACCGGACAGUGCUACCUCCUCGGGGACGAUCUGCGGGCAGGGGGUGAUGAGAGGACCUGGAGGAGGGAAGUGUGUGACUCCCAACACCUCCUGACCAGACGUAUGGACCAUGAAUGGUUUGCGUACUGCCAACAAGGCCACGGAGCUACUUUUGCAAAGGACAAUACUUCUGUGAUUUUUGGAGCACCAGGGGCGUACCAGUGGAAAGGAAUUGUACGUAUGGAACCUUUAGACAAUGUUGAUAUUGACAGUGAAGACCCCCGUGAGACUGGAGACAUUAACCAGUUCAACCCAAGGCUCAUUCCUCUUCACCGAAGCAGCUACUUAGGAUUUUCGCUUGACACUGGACUGUCCUUGCUCAGAAAGGGUGAGCUGACCAUAGUGUCCGGAGCACCCAGAGGAGGCUACAGUGGACAGGUGGCAUUUUUGAAACCAGAUCCAGACGCAAGUAGGAAUCUCUCUGUGGAGUUCAUCUUAUCUGGACCCGGAUUGGCCUCAUCUUUUGGCUACGAUUUAGCUGUAGUGGACCUGAAUGGGGAUGGGUGGGAGGACUUGGUUGUUGGAGCACCACAGUUCUUUGUCAAAGAUGGUGAGGUCGGGGGAGCCGUGUAUAUCUAUGUAAACAAUAAAGGAACAAACUGGGUGCAUGUAGAGCCCAUCCAACUACUGGGACAUGCAGACUCAAUGUUCGGCCUCGCAGUGGAGAACAUAGGAGACAUCAAUCAAGACGACUUUGGAGAUAUUGCAGUCGGAGCACCAUAUGAAGAAUCUGGCCGUGUUUACAUUUACUGUGGAUCGCCAAGAGGGAUUAACAAAAAGCCUGCUCAAGUGAUUUCACCAGGGUCGAAUACAGUCACUUUGUUUGGAUAUUCUUUGUCUGGUAAUCUGGAUGUGGACAACAAUCACUACCCUGAUCUGGCUGUAGGAGCGCUCUCUGGAACCGUUUUUGUUUACAGAGCAAAGCCAGUUGUCAGUGUCGCUAUCUCUCUCAAAGUAACACCCAAUGUGAUUGACAUAACAAAGGAGCAAUGCCAAACACAGACUUGUUAUUUUGCAGCUAGAGCUUGCUACAGGUACACAGCAAAUUCUGGGGCUUUUAACCUCAAACUGUUGUUAAACUAUACCUUUGAGGCUGACUCUGAGAAAAGGAAGGCUCGACUCUCUACUCGGAUGGACUUCUUGGACCCAAACAAAGGACAGCUGGAACUGCCUGCUCAGAAUGUGGAAAAAUGUAUUGAUAAGAGACUCAGACUUGUGCGAGAAAUCACAGACAAGCUGCACAAGAUUCCCAUUUCUGUUGCUAUAUCCUUGGUAAGCUCCUCCCCCAGCCUCCAGACCAGCCAAUCAGAUCUGUCUCCUGUGCUAAACCUCUACCAGCAGAAGAAGGCCAUCUCUGAGAUUACUUUGAUAAAUACAGGUUGUGGCCCAGAUAAUAUAUGCCAAAGCCAGUUAGCAGCUGAAUACAAGUUCUGCUCUAUACAGAAAGAGAACAGUAAGAAUGUGUUUAAAUCUCUCCACAGAGACAAUGGCCUUGCUGUUAUCACUCCCUCUGAUAGGGACAUUGCAUUGGAAAUAAGUGUCACAAACAGGAACGGAGACGAUGCACACCAGAGUGGACUGAGCAUUACAUUGCCAGAUACUCUGUAUUACACCACUGUCUACCACACACAAGUAAAAAGCCCAGUGAGCUGCACUGCCAACGAAAAAGGAACUCUGAUCGACUGUGAACUGGGAAACCCACUGCAGAGAAAUGGUGAGGUUACAUUUUAUGUCAUUCUUGCAACAUCUGGCAUCUCACUUAGCACAAAGCAUGUUAACGUCACUCUUUUACUCAAAACUCUUACCAGGCCCUCCCAAGUGUCUAUGGGUGAAAGCUCGAAAGGCGAAAGUGCCAUUAAUUCUAUCCAGGAAAUAGGGACACCUGUUCAGUAUGAGUUUCGGAUAACAAAUUUGGGCAGGCCACUCAAAUCCUUUGCAAAUAUAUCAUUGAAUAUCUUUUGGCCCAAAGAGAAUUCUGUGGGGAAAUGGUUGCUGUAUUUGACCCAUAUAAGCAGUAAAGGUGUACAGCCCAAUCUAUGUUCACCUGCUACUGAGAUCAACCCACUCAAGCAAAUCAAGGGCUGGUCUGACAUAAAAAGAAGGAAACGUCAAGUGGAAGGUGAACUUGAGCCACUGUCCACUGAGGAUAUAAUAUUUCUGCCUUUCAAAAGAACACACAAAACACUGACAUGUUCAGAUGGACUGAGCUGUGUGGAGAUACGCUGCCCCCUACAGGGUCUGGACAGCAACGCCCUCAUAGUGCUGCACUCGCAUUUGUGGAAUACUACAUUUACAGAGGAUUAUAGCUCAUUGAAUUACCUUGAAAUUGUAGUGGAUGCAAGUCUAAGUUUAACACAAUCUCCAGAGAAUAUUGGACUGAUAUCUGAUGGAUCUUUAGCGAAGGUUAAACUAACAGUGUUCCUUGAGAAGAAGGUUGAAUACUUGACCAAAGUCGCUUGGUGGAUCAUCCUUUUGACGGUCAUUGCCUUGUUGCUGCUGUUGGUGUUUACAAUUUUCGUAAUGUGGAAGUACGGGCCAGCCAGCUGCUUUUCUUCCAACAAAAAAACAAAUAAUGAAGAAGAAAGACAAGAGACCGUACCCCUCAAACUCUAAUGCAUCUCCAUAUUAAUGACACACAAUGUAACUUUUCUAGUCUAGUAAGAAUACUUGGUUUUAACGGUGUGGGUGGGUUUAGGUUAAGGUUAGAGUCAACUUUUGUCAAUGAAGGGUCUUAAAAAAAGCAUGGGAAUCUGUAUGUGUGUGUUUGUGAGAGAGCAUGUUUUUUUUUCUUUUUACUAAUAACACUUGUAAUAAUAGAAAUGCAAGAUAUGUUUAAUGCCUCACACAAUAAUGGCAGUACGCAACAAUGGAGACAAAGUGUCCUACUCGC